AUGACCUAUAGCUUUUCCUACAGUGCGAUAGGGCAGACAGACUCUCCUUGUUCGAUCUCACCUGUGGUGCCUCUCCUGCCCCGCUUGCUGAUGCUGACAGCACUUCGGUCGGCGCUGCGGCUGCCCCUAGCGGGCGACGCCGCACCGGCAAGGGCAAGGGGGGCAAGGGCGCUUGAGGGGCUGGCGGGGGCGGUGGAGGUGGCGGUGGAGGCAGUGGAGGGGCUGGGGGUGGUGGUGGGAGUGGUGGCGGGGGUGGAGGUGUCGGUGGCAGCAGUGGAGGGAGAGGAGGCGGCAGCGGUGGCGGAGGGAGCGGAGGCGGUGGAGGUGGCGGAGGCGGCGGCGGCGGUGGUGGAGCUGGUCGCGGCUCUGCACAGAGGAGUGGUUCCGGAGGUGGUCCGCGCCAGCUGCAGCUGCGCACUCGUGAGACCCCGUCCCCCCAGUAGCUUCGUGAGUGGUACCCUGGGCGUCAACGCGGUGGGGGUACUGGUCCCUGUACCUACGUCCUCCGUACCGGCGACCGCGCUGGUGAGCAGUGCGGGGGCUCGCACUCCACCGAGCGAUGAUUCGGCCGCCUGA